CAAAGAUCAAAGCCUAAAGAUCGAAGACAUUACAAAUCUUCAAAAUUGUUAUUAUAAAAAUGAUAAAAGAAAUUAAAAAAAAUAAAAAUAAAAAUAAAAAUUUAUUAUACUAAUAUUGGUAUAAAUUAUAAUCAAUUGGUUAUUUAAUUAUUAUUACCUUGUGCUCAAUUAAUUCAAAUAGAUUUAAAUACCAAAGAAAAUGCACGUUUUACUUACUAAUGAUGAUGGUCCUCCUAACGAUAUCACCUCUCCAUAUAUCAGAUUUCUAGUCGAUGCAGUUGAUGAAUACACUGAUUGGGAUCUAAGCAUUUGCUUACCAAGUGUCCAAAAAUCUUGGAUCGGAAAGGCAUAUUUUGCUGGUAAGAAUUUAACUGCUUCUUUUAUUUAUCCAACUAAUAUUAAGAACUCAAACUCUUUUAAUGGACCUUUUGCUUUGCCUGAUAGCUCCUUUCGAAAAACUCACAAGGAAUGGGCUUUAAUCGAUAGCACACCAGCAGCAUGUGCCGAUAUUGGAGUCAAUUAUCUUUACAAAGACAAAGGUCCUGUUGAUUUGGUCAUUUCGGGUCCAAACUACGGAAGAAACACAACUGCUCUAUAUGCAUUGACCAGUGGAACCAUUGGUGCUGCUUUAGAAGCUACUUUAAUUGGGAAAAAAUCAAUAGCUGUAUCAUUUGCUUUCGAAUCAAAUGAUAUCGAUGAACAUAUUAUCAAGUAUGCUUCCAAGAUUUCGGUAAAAUUAAUUGAGCAUCUUUAUAACAGUUGGCCAAAUGACAAUUCAACCGAAUUAUACUCAAUCAACAUCCCAUUAAUUGAAACAUUAAAUAAAAGCGAAAUAGUCUAUGCUCCAAUACUUGGAAAUAAAUGGCACUCAGUUUUCACUGCUUUUGAUCAGGAACCAAGACCUGGUUUCAAAGAAGAUGCAGUGAUGAUAAAAGAUGAUCCGAUUGAUAUUAUCGAUGGUAGCAUAGUCAAUCAACUACAAUUUAGAUGGGAUCCUGAUUAUAAUGAAGUUCAUAAAACUGUUUCAGAAUCCAAUGGCAUAAACGAUGGAAUAGUUCUUGCUCAAGGAAAUAUAGCUGUAACACCUUUAAGAGCUAACUUUGCUGCACCUUUUUCUCAAGGUAAAAUACACUUGGAUAUUUAAUUUUAUAUAUUUAAUUUUAUAUAUUCAGUUUUACAUAUUCAAUUCCGAAACUUGCCUGAAAUUGUUCAGAAAUUCUAGAUCAGUUUUUCUACAGUUUUUUUUUUUUAAUUUUACUUUUAUUAAAAUAUAUAUUGUUGAUUAACAAAAG